CGGCUCUGUCGGCCGCUUCGCGCGUGUCCGCAACCAGCUUGCGCGCUCCCGAACGAGGAAGAGAACGUCGCGCUGCAGGCGCCCGCUGGUGAGUGACUUCGUAGCCGCUGUUUUGGAAUGAAACCACUUAAAUGCUGAUUACUAUAAAUCAAGACUGAUGGAUAAAUAUUUGCAUCAAGAAUCCAAACAUCAUAUCGUGCAGCCUUAAAUGCAAAGUAUAAUGAGUCCACAAUGACACCUGAAUCUAAAAUGAAAAGCAACACAGAAAGGCUGGGUUGGGUCUCAUUUGACGAUGAAGCAGUUGUCACUUCAAAAGUACAACAGCCAGAUGGAAGCCACAGCCUGCUGCAGAAUGCUUCUGGUUUGCCUGUUCAACAAAACAUUCAGCUAACCACAGCCUCUUCAAGUGUCUCAACUAAGAAGGAUAUGCCCAGCACUUGGAUCCAGUUUGAUGACAGUCCUUGGACCAGUACACAUCCUAUUGAGCCACCAUGCCCAAAAGAUUCUUUGGCCACGAACCAAAACCAAAGUAUCAACUUUUGGAGCCCAGUACCCCCUUCUGAAAGAAGUUGGUCGGCACACUCCGAAGACCCCUCAUACACUGACAUGCAAUCAGUUAACACUGACGACCAUCAGAGCUGUGGGCUAUCAAGGACUGACUCGCCCAAUUCAUCUGUGUUUCAAGAAGAUGAAGAUGUAAGCAUGGAAGCAGGAAGUUCAGCACAAAGCAGUAAAUCUGUCAACGGUCAGAUGGCACGAAGCACUGCCCGGUUUGCAAGCUGGGUGACUUUUGAUGAUGAUGACGAUGACGACCUCAGCUUGCAUUCUUCACCAAAACCCUCAGUGAUUAAGCUUGACAAUGUUUGCCUCACUACCGUUCAGGAUGCAAACAGCAAUUUGAUUGUUUCUGAUGGCAGUUCAGCCAAGAAAGAGGUGAGCAUCGAUCUUCUGGACUGGACUCCUGAAAAAAACGAAUCUCCCUCUUUCCUUGAUAGCCCCUUUUCCGAAGCAAAAACACCAUCCAGGAAAAAAAAUCCAUUUUUAGAUGAAGAGCUUUCCCAUGUCCAGCCCUCGCCCAUUAAUCCUUUUAGUGCCUACUUUGACCAGACAGGUCCUCCUCUUGUUGACAUAUCUCAGAGUAAUGGAACCAACUCAGAGAACACUCAAGUCUUUGCAUUCAGCUCCCCCUUUUUCAUUGAGGAAGCGGAUGGUAAAACAAAUUCCUUAAUUCAGUUUUCUCCAACGUUUGACACGAGCAGUGAAGGUAUGCUCAAAUAUCCUCCGAGAAAUGAAACUUUGGAGCAUCUCAAACAACUUCAGAUUUCUGUUCUGGAUGAGCAGGACGUUCCAUUACCAGACGACUCAGUCAUCACUGAUGAGUUAGAUGAAGUCCCAUUUGAAAUCUCAUACACACAACCUAAAGAUGGUUGGCCAAUGAUGUUAAGAAUACCUGAAAGAAAGAAUAUCAUGUCAUCUAGACACUGGGGGCCAAUAUCUGUAAAACUUACGGAUAGUGCUUGCUUGCAGCUUUACUAUGAACAGGGAAUGGAGAAGCCUUUCAAAGAGCUUCAGCUUGAGGCCAGCCAUGAACUCUCUGAGCCAAAGCUGCAGAAUUACGAUGAGAACGGGAGGAUCCACACUGUAAGGAUAGAUCAUGUAACCUAUAAGGAAAAGAAGAAGUACCAUCCAAAGCCUGCAGUGAUUCACGCUCCCGUGAAAGAGCAGCUGAUUAAACUUGGCACACUUAAUUACGAAGAUUUCCAGAGUUUUAGGAUAGCUGUUCACAAAAAAUUAAUGCACUUGCCCCGGGAUGUGGAUUUCCUUACGACGUACUCUGAGGAGGAGAUAUCGGUGGAAGUUAGAGAUGAGUUUUGUGGUAUGGUCUCCAAGAACGACAGCAGAAUUUUACGCCAUUCAGUCUUGACUCACAUUAGUGCCUUGGCUUUCAUUUCUGGUACUCCACUUUGUAAGAUUGGCUUCAACGAUAUUCAAGUGAAGGGAAAUGAGGUGGUUUCAAGACACGACAUCAUUCCAAACAGCACAACAAGGUGGAUAAAACUCAGAGACUGUCAUUUUCAUCAGUGUGUGGAGGAACAGGAAUUUCACAACACAAGGACGAUUGCUUUCAAUCCUCCAAGAGCUCAGUGGUUUGAAUUAAUGCACUUCCGGACUGCGUUCGCAGAAAAAUCGCUGCCUUUUAGCCUCAGGACGGUAGCCACCAUUAACGGGGCUGAGGUCGAAUUGCAGUCGUGGCUAGUAAUGUCCACUGGGUUUUCAUCCAAUCGGGACCCACUGACCCUGAUACCGUGCGAAAAUGUGAUGAUCCGCUACCCAGUCCCUGCCAGCUGGGUGAAAAAUUUCCGACGGGAGAGCGUCAUGGGAGAAAAGUCUUUAAAAGCGAGAAUGAACAAGGGAGCGAGCUUUGGCUCCUCUAGUGUUUCAGGAUCCGAGCCAGUAAUGAGGGUGACAUUGGGAACGGCCAAAUAUGAGCAGGCAUUUAAAGCAGUUGUAUGGAGGAUGAACAGACUGCCAGAUAAGAAUUCAGCUUCAGGCCACCCACACAGCUUCUUCUGCCACCUGGAGCUCGGCUCAGACCGUGAGGUGCCUGCUACGUUCACUCAGUACCUGGACGUGGAGUUCGACAUGCCGGCUUGUUCUGCCUCGAGAGCCACCGUGCGCUCCCUGUCCGUGGGCGAGAAACCUGAGGUGAAGAAGUGGGUCAGCUACAAGGCGCACUACACUUGUCAGGUUGAAAUGGAUUAUAAAUCGGUUCACGUCCAGGACAAAGAGGAUGGAUUACAACCAGAGCACCCAGCCGGAUGCAGCCAACAAUAGGCAAUGGGAGCCAUGAGGACUGACUCAGUCAAACUGGUUGAAGAUGUUGUGUUUUUGAAAAAAAAAAAUGGCACAUGAUUAAUUUGCACUUCUGAGAGGUCACUAAACUGCACACAUUCGCAAAAGGCCUUCAGAGUAACGCUACCCUGCCCAGAGGCUUAUGGGACAAAGUAAAAAUGCAAAAAUUAUUUUGGGGAGAUAUUUCUGCUGAUUUUGUUUGGAUAAACAUUAGAGGGUAUGGAGGGAUGGGUGUUUUUCCAAAUUAACUUUUAAGAUUUUGGCUACUACUUCAAUGAUGUCAUUUUUUUAACUUCAGCAAAAAACUGUUCAAAUAAUAAUUUGUAAUUUAGCAGAGUAUUGCCAUAGAAAGAAAGAGUUUUCCAAGUGUUUUCCUGGAUUAAGUUAUGUAAAGGAACUGUAAGCACUUUAUGUGUUGAAAAAUAAAUGGCUAGAGCAGCUCUGGAACAUUGUACAUAA